AGGUUCAACAAUGAAAUUCUUCAUUUGCCUGGCUUUCAUCGGUUUCGUAGCAGCUUUUCCACAAAAGGAAGGCAGUGCGUAUACCCAGGAAGCUAUUAGACAAGCACAAAAUACGUUUUUAAUUCCUAAAGAUGCUCAAAUUCAAAAGGUACAAGAAGGUAUAGAAAUUGGAGCAUAUGAAAGCAUCCCCGGCAACCAAAAAAUCAACUUAUUCGAGAUUUUGGGUGACCAAUUCCCACCAGAAGUCGUAAACAACCUUCAACAACAAAUCGAUCAAGUAGGCAGGAGCUAAUUGUAAAUGAGAUUUUAUUUAAAUCGUAAGGAUGUGAUAUGAAAUUGUUAAUGUAUGAUUUCUUGUGUCAAAAAAAUGUUUCCCCAAGUACUAUCCGUUGUACUUUUUAAAGUUUUAUUUUUGUAGAUUGGUGUUAAAAAUUUUAUUUCUUUUGUACAUAUUAAGUAUAAUUAUUCUAUAAGGUGUUUUAAAUAAAGUCUAAACAGCU